CCAAAAAUUAGCAUUUUUCAACCCAACAAUACUUAAAGGCAGCUAGGCCCAACUCAUUGGCAAACCUAUAGAAAAUCUUCCACCAAACGGUCCAACCCCAUUUCUGGAACCUGUGGAAGAAGCAAGCCGAAGCAGAGCCAGAGGCUAGAGCGAGCGAGCGAGCGAGCAGCCAAACAAUCCCAUAGGGACAACUGCAGUGUAAGCCGAUGGCGUCAAAAUUUCUAAAGCGAGCAGCAACCUCAUCUGUUCUGAAAUCAAGGGUAGAGAGUAUCCUAAUCGGAGCCUCAAGAAGAAGCUACGCGUCGGUUGCAGUAGGGACGGACAUAGUUUCUGCUGCACCCAGUAUCAGUCUCCAGAAAGCUCGAAGCUGGGAUGAAGGCGUCUCUUCCAAUUUCUCCACUACGUCUCUCAAAGAUAUUUUUAAGGGCAAGAAAGUAGUCAUCUUUGGACUGCCUGGAGCAUAUACAGGGGUUUGUUCACAGCAGCAUGUGCCUAGUUACAAGAAGAACUUUGAUAAGUUCAAGGCUAAAGGAAUUGAUUCUGUCAUUUGUGUUGCCAUUAAUGAUCCGUAUGUCAUGAAUGCCUGGGCAGACAAACUGGAAGCUAAAGAUGCCAUUGAAUUUUAUGGAGACUUAGAUGGAAGCUUCCACAAGAGCCUAGACUUGGGAAAAGAUCUCUCUGCAGCUUUGCUUGGGCCUCGCUCUGAAAGAUGGUCAGCAUAUGUAGUUGAUGGAAAGGUUAAAGCUAUUAACGUGGAGGGGGCCCCAUCUGACUUCAAGGUUUCUGGAGCAGAGGUUAUUUUGGAACAGAUAUAAAGAUGUUGGAGAAUCAUUUUGCUAGUCUGCUCCAUGACUAGCUCUUUGAGCUGGGAGAACAUGCACCAUCCAUUGAAUCAAAUGCUUGAGUCCUUCCACACCAUUACUUAAUGAGCUAAUAUAUUGCUAGUUACUUGUUGGUUUAAAAAAUGUCGGCUACUACUUACUGACGUUUUCAAUGUUUAUUAUGGGGUAUCCUAUUGUUAUUUUCUGCUUGGAAACCAGUUAACUGCACAUGUUGUAAGAAAAUCUUAUUGAAUUUGGUAGAGAGAUGGAGGAGUAGUGUCCUCCCUUUUUUAUGCUUUUAGUUUUAUUUGUUUUAACUCUGUCCCCCAAUAUUUCCUUGUUCAUAUCUUACAUAUAAUAUCAUAUGUAUAAAUAUAUAUAUGACCAUUUUGAAUAUUUUUGUAA